AUGAACGCCUCACGCACCCUGCAGCGGUGCACGCGCCACACCCAGGCACCCCAGCUCUACAAUUCCUCGAAUAACCCCGUAUCCAGCACCCUCAAUGCUGGUCGGCAGCAGCCCAGACUUCAACAACCACAUUCAAGGUCAUUCUCCGCGACAAGCUGUACCUCCCAGAAUUCUAACCCCUAUCGCAAACCCAAUCCCAGUCCCAACACCAGCGCCAACACCGCUUCCACGUCCCCAUCUCCAUCCAAACGCCCGCCAACAGCAAACAAACCCCUCAACAACGACUUCAUGCAAAGCCUCAUCCGCGAGACCCGCGCCCGCGAACCAACUCGCACGCAAUCCCAAGGCGCUCCCUCCGGCGGCGGGCUCAACGACAUCCUGAGGAUCGCCCGCACCUCGGCCCCCCCGGCGCAUCCACGCAGCCCGACGGCCACGCACAACCCGACGACAACAGUCAACUCGGUGCUCAACAGCCUGGGCGACGAGCUCGCGUCCCCCGCCGGGCGGCAGAUUUCGCUCCGCCUGCGGCCCACGCUAGGCCGCACGGUCGACGGCCUGCACGGCGACCCGACGCGCGGCUUCCGUAUGCUGGAGCGCAAGUGCGCCGAGAACAACGUCAAGGGCGACAUGCGGAGCCAGGAGAAACAUAUCCGACGCGGCCAGAGGCGGAAGAACGUCCGCAUUCUCAGGUGGAGGAAGCUGUUCUUGCAGGGGUUCAAGGCGGAGUUGGCCACCAUUCACCGUAUGAGGCGGCAGGGGUGGUAG